UCAUGCGGGUGUCCACAGGAGUUUAGAGAGUGAACUUCAACACACACGGACAGCGCCGAGCUGCUGCGAAGAAUGUGACAGAAAACAUUUUUUUUUAAUUUCCACAUCAACGUCGCUUCAUUUUGGUUUAUUAUUUUUUGUUGUUGUCUCUGAUAUUUGUCCUGCGGGAAGACAUGGAGCCGAUAACCAAGUGGACGCCGAAGCAAGUUGUCGACUGGAUGAAAGGUUUGGAUGACAGCUUGCAGCAAUACGUUAGCAACUUUGAACGGGAGAAGAUCAGCGGAGAGCAGCUGCUGAAGAUCACGCAUCAAGACCUGGAGGAGCUCGGCGUGGCCAGGAUUGGACACCAGGAACUCGUGCUGGAGGCCGUCGAUCUUCUCUGUGCUCUGAACUACGGAGUCGAGACCGACAACUUAAAGAACCUGGUUGUGAGGAUGAGAGCCGCAACCAACAGUCUACACAUGGCCACGGCCGACCGCAGAAAAAGCCCCGCGUACGAUGGAAGCACCUCACGGAAGCCACCCAAUGACUUCCUCACCUCUGUGGUGGAGCUGAUCGGUGCGGCAAAGAGCCUCCUGGCUUGGCUCGAUAGGACGCCUCUUACAGGGAUCAGUGACUUCACAGCCACCAAGAACAAGAUCAUUCAGCUGUGCCUGGAGCUCACCACCACAGUUCAACAGGACUGCAGCGUUUACGAGAUGGAGGAAAAGAUUCUGGAAGUUUCCAAGAUUUUGAACAGUAUCUGUGAUCAGACCGUGAGAACCACCUCUGACCCCCUGAUGAGCCAGUCGGCCUGCUUGGAGGAAGUCCAGCUGACCAAUAUCAAUCCAGGCGAGGGUCUGGGAAUGUACAUCAAGUCUACUUACGAUGGGUUACAUGUCAUCACUGGAACCACAGAGCAUUCACCUGCAGACCUGACGAGGAAGAUCCAUGCAGGUGAUGAGGUGAUCCAGGUGAACCAGCAGACAGUGGUGGGCUGGCAGCUGAAAAACCUGGUUUUCAAACUGAGGGAGGACCCCAAGGGUGUGGUUCUACUCCUUAAGAAGAGGCCCACGGGCACAACAGGUUUCACCCCCGCCCCGCUUAAGAACAUGCGCUGGAAGCCCCCAGUACCUCAGAAUAACUCGUCCCUGGUCAGAGCCCAGUCUCCCUGUAGUUCAGCCAACGGAUCGACCAAAAAGGAGAAACCAGCCAUCCAGGACUUGUACAUCCCCCCUCCUCCUCCAGUGCCAUACACCCCACGAGAGGUGAGAACAGACUCGUUCUCCAGUAUUAGUAAGAGACCAAAGGGCUCUGAGUCACCCAACUCCUUCCUGGACCAGGAGAGCAGAAGACGCUGCACCAUCGCGGAUUAUGACAAGCUAAGCGUUGGCUGCCCCAUCGAAGCCAACGUGAUACAGCCCAGAAUGAGGGAGCACAAGCCUUCCCGUGGUAAGCCCCGGCCGCUGUCCAUGCCAGCAGAUACGUGUGUGGGAGUAGUUGAUCCUUACGCUAAGCCCUGGGCACAGGGAAGGAAAGGUGAAGACCUCCUGUACAGGUACCUGAGUAAUGAGCGCAUCCCCACCAUCGCUGAGGAGGUCCCCUCCGUGUCCCCGCCCUACAGGCCUGCAGGGGAACGCCACCUCGUCCGGGUGGACCACAUCCGGGGCAGCCGCUACUACUCCAACUCAGACCUCCACAACAGCGCCACCAUCCCCUACCAGGAAGACAUCAAAAAGGCCCCCGUAGCCCCCAUCUCCAAGCGCACGUCGGCAGAACGCUCACUACUGGUCAGUUGGAUCACGCGGCUUAAGCUAUUGACUCACUGAUGAUGUGCUUCUUGUCCGGGGCUUCCUGUCCCUGUCUUGUGUCCUUCCUCAGUGCCUUUGAUAUUUAACGUCCAGCUGUUUUUUUUGGCAGCUUCGGGCUUUCUCACACUCCUCUCUACCCCAACCUCCAUAUUUUUCCCUGGUGUUACUACUACUACCAACUACUACUACUCCUCAACCCAACUUGCUUUUGUAGUGCUCACUACAUUAAGUCAUCACCCCUUUAACACUGCCCACAACCCUCACCUCUGACUACAAGCCUCAAGAAGAUACCGCUUGUUCAGGUUUAGGACACUUUUGGCCUUGUGUGCUGCUUACGGACUCCUCUGUACAUAUUAAGUUAUACCAUGUUUCCGUUACGAUGUUCUCCGGUACUCGAGGUUUCAGACGCCGAAGUUCUCAAAAAAAAAAACUUGCCUGAUAUCACUUCAGCUAUGUGCUUCUUUGGUUUUCAUUUACAUAAAAUAAAACACAGUGAAACAAACAGCAUAUACUUGUUAGCGAAACUGCUUUUAUUUUGAUGUUUUCUUUGUACAUUUUUGUGAUCAGUUAGUUCCAUUACCGUCUUGCCAAUGGUUGCCUCUUGUAAGCUAUGCAUUUUUAUGGUCACUUAAGUUGACAAUGCUGCAUUGGUUGGUAAAAGGGUGUUUAUAUCUUGUCACUAGCAAAUAUUUGUGCAUGUUUUAAAGCUAUGCACUCUAUUCAGUAAACUUUAUAUCCUGUGUUUCAGUUUACUCUGCAAUUACCCACCAAGAGGGGCCUAUACAUACAGCUGGUUGACAGUAAUAACUGGUCUGUUAAAGCCAGUAUUUGAACCAAUCUUUUUAGGACACACAGGUCGAACGGCCUUCUGUUAGCUCAUGCUAUGGAAAGACCACAGAUCACAAGAGACAGAAUGACAGUAUUAUUUAAGAAACUACAGGGAAGAAGUGUCUAUUGUUGCUUUAUCUGCCUUUUUGUAAGAUUUGAAUAGCGUUUUAUUAAAAAUUGCGGUUCAUUUCAGUGAA